UUGAAGUUACAUGUUUUCAAUUUUUGUACAAAAUGUAUACAAUAAUUAUUAUCUGUCUGACAACUUUAAGGAUUAUUGCUUAUGAAAAUCAUUCCAAAAGAGACGAAAUGAUAUGUACUUUGAUAGAUGGACAAAAAGAUAAACUGUUAUGUAAAAGAGGGACAAGUGUAGAAAUUGACAAAAUAUGGAUGGACAACAUAACCAUAUGUGCUUUUGGUAAUUCUUUAACAACUAUCACUUUAAGAGGAAAACUUAAUAUAUCAUGUCCUCUAAAGUAUGUGUGCGACGUGACAUAUCAACGACGUCCCGGAAUUGAAACAUUUCAAUCGUUGAAGAUACGUUAUCAGUGUAAAGUUAUAGAUGACAGCACUACACCAAGUGGUGAACUUAGUACGGAAUUUCAUGGUGGCAGUAGUUUACCAGGUAAUGAAUUUAGUACCGAUGUUCAAGAUGACAACAAUACACCAAUUGAUGAACUUAGUACGGAACUUCAAGAUACGCAUGGUGGGAGUAGUUUACCAGGUGAAUCCUUUAGGACGGAUGUUCAAGGGGUUCCAAUGUAUGCUUUCAUUAUUGGAGGAAUGGUAGCAGUUGUUAUCAUCACAUGUAUUAUUGUGGGAGUUAUUCGCUUAAGAAGACGCAAUGUGCAAAGAAAUGGAAGGAAAAACAUUCAGGGAAAAAUGAAUCCAACAAAUGAUACCACUCAGGAGCAAGAAGCUAAUUUGAUGAAUUCACCUGACUCUGUGCAUAUGCCAGCAUCACAUGCAGUUAAUUUGGUAGUCUCGACAGAUGCGUCAAAUACGUAUUCACAUCUUCGCAACACUGAAGAGGACCCUGACGUCAUGUAUGACCAUACAGUCCGCCAUAAUGUCCAUAUGACCUGCGAUGGUGAUUACGGAAUUGCACACAGGAGAAUUACAGAGGAUGACUACGAUGUGUCUGGGAACUUUCGUCAUUCCUUCAACAACAAGGAAGGACCUGUUUACAACUAA